AUGGCGCGCUCCAGUCAAUCCACAGCAGCUGACCUUGUGAGGCCUUCAAACAACCGCUUGGUCCUUAUGCUUGCUUUAAAAUGGCGCCUCUUCUGCAGUGAAGAGCCUUUUCUGACUGAACUCACUCGGCUGUUCCAGAAGUGCAGGACCACUGGCAGCGUCGUCAUCACUUUAAAGAAAUAUGAUGGCAGAACAAAGCCGGUCCCCAGAAAAGGCCAUCCAGAGACGUACGAACCGGCCGACAACAAAUGUCUCAUCAGAGCAUCAGACGGCAAGACCAAAAUCAGCACAGUGGUCAGCACCAAAGAAGUUAUAAAAUUUCAAAUGGCGUAUUCAAAUUUGUUGCGAGCGCACAUGGACGGCUUGAAAAAGAAAGACAAAAAGAGUAAAAGCAAGAAAACUAAAGCCACAUAGUGAUGGACAGUAAAGGAGAGGUGUGUAGUGCCACGCCACCUUCCCAUCAGCCCCUGCGGCUUCUGCUGAUCCACAACCAACAAAACCAAGCGGCCUGAGGACGCAGAGCUACGUUUACUACUAAAUACUAGGUUUUUGAGUUCUUUAGCUGGAGAUGAGAUGCGUUGUGUUUGGUCUGGAAUGCAUCAGUUUAUAUUUCAAGCCAUAUUUUGAUUCAAAACAGUGUUUUAUAUGCUGAGUGAACAUUACACGGUCAGUAACUUUCUCCACCUGUUGUAAUAAUAUUAAUAUUUCAGUUCUCCACUGUUUGUUUUUAUUUUGAAUGUUUUUCUCAUUUUCUUGAAUGAGAUGAUAUUUUUAAGUUUGAAAGACGCCCUUGAAAGUUUUUGAGGUCUAACAGUGGAGUUUUUAUUUGACCUCAACAGAACCAGCCUUGUAGAUUUGCAAACAUUUAUUCACUGGUUUGAUCAUGAGAAAAUCCCAAAGACGCUUGGACUGAGAAUCACGAUCUUGUGCAGGUAACAUCUUCAGAAGAGACGUGAAGCUUGUGUACUGUAAAAAAUG